AUGCCACCGAAACUCGCCGUUUAUAUAACAGAGGAGCGACUUGUUGAAUACGAGGAAGCAUUCCAAUCGUUUGAUGAAGAAGGUCAAGGCAAAGUACCUUGCGAAUUCAUUUUACCGUGUAUGCGCAAAGUCGGCCUCAUGCCUUCUGAGUGCGAAAUCGAGGAUUUGCUGCGUUCGGUUGACACCGACAAUACUAUAUUCGCUGAUGGUUUCAGUUACGAACAAUUUUGUCAAAUUGCCUCAAAGAAGGAGAAAGACAUAUAUACUGAAGAGGAUAUACAGGACGCAUUUCGGUUAUUCGACUCUAAUUCUGACGGCUACUUAACAAUGCAAAAACUAAUGCAAAUUCUCUGUACAUUGGGCGAAAAGCUUAAUGAGCCUGAAGUAACUGCGCUCAUAAACACCGCCGGGCCAGACCCAGAAGGCCGGAUCGAUUACGUGGAAUUCGUGCACCGUAUGAUGGCGAGAGACUGA